CGAAUGAAAUUUAGUUCAGUUAGUUUCCCGUUUGUUGGUCUCUUUAUGAAUCAAUUGUUUAACCCUUCUCCUCCCAGAAAUUUGCAGACAUCCCUAGCGGCAUCAGAUCAUAAGUUCCUCUUGCAGUAGGAGUUAGUCAUCGGGAUCAGAUAAGGAUAAGCGAGUAACCAGCGACCAGAAACCGGUAAAAAGAAUGUGGAAGGCAAGUGCCGGUCACCAGAUUCAGGCCACCAGUGCAGCCUCCGCGGAGGACGACGACUGGGAGACGGAUCCGGACUUCGUGAACGAUGUCAGUGAGCAGGAGCAGCGCUGGGGAUCAAAGACGAUCGACGGCAGCGGUCGCACAGCAGGCACCAUCGACAUGGACAAGCUGCGCGAGGAGACGGAGCAGGCCGAUCUGGACAAGAAGAAGCAGCUGCUGAAGGAUCAGAACGCAGGAUACGGAUACGGGGGCAAGUUUGGCGUUGAGAAGGACCGCAUGGACAAGUCGGCUGUGGGUCAUGACUACCAGGGCAAGGUGGGAAAGCACGCCUCGCAGAAGGACUACAGCGAUGGUUUUGGGGGAAAGUUCGGAGUGCAAGAGGAUCGCAAGGACAAGUCUGCCGUGGGCUGGGACCACGUCGAAAAGGUCGAGAAGCACGCCUCCCAGAAGGAUUACGCCACCGGCUUCGGAGGCAAAUUUGGAGUGCAGUCCGAUCGGGUGGAUAAAUCCGCCGUGGGCUGGGAUCACAUCGAGAAGGUGGAGAAGCACGAGUCUCAGAAGGAUUACUCCAAGGGCUUUGGCGGCAAGUUUGGCGUUCAGGAGGACCGAAAGGACAAGUCCGCGGUGGGAUGGGACCACAAAGAGGCUCCGCAGAAGCACGCCAGCCAGGUGGACCACAAGGUCAAGCCAGUCAUCGAAGGUGCCAAGCCUUCCAAUUUGCGUGCCAAGUUCGAGAAUCUGGCUAAAAACUCCGAGGAGGAGUCACGUAAGCGGGCCGAGGAACAGAAACGUCUCCGUGAGGCCAAGGACAAGCGGGAUCGGGAGGAAGCCGCCAAGAAGACUGUGGCCGAGAACACUCCUCGUACCUCGACGGAAGCACCGCCUCCAAAGGGCAGCAGGGCGGCCAUCCAGACAGGUCGGACCGGUGGCAUUGGCAAUGCUAUCAGUGCAUUUAACCAGAUGCAGUCGCCUGUUUCUGAAACCCCUCCAGCACGAAAGGAACCCAUUAUCAUUCCCAAGGCGCAGCCUGUUAAAAUAGAAUUAGAAGCAAAGGAGGAGCCAACGGCAAGUACAACAUCAGCUGCGGUUGCUCCUACUCCGACAGUGGUCCCCGCUCGAGAGCCGGAAACAGCUCCAGUGGCCAAGGCUGCAGCUCCACCACCAGAUGUGGUGCCCCAAAUUGAGGUUGAGACCGUGGACACGCCUCCCAGAAGUGAGCCGCAAUCACCAGUGUAUGUGCCGACGCCUCAACCCGAAGUCCACGCCCAAGUCCAAGUCCAACCUGAGCCGCAACCUCAAGCCGAUCCUGAGCCAGUAGUUGAAGAAGAGCCACUGUACCAGAACCAGGCCGAGAUUAAGGCUGCCUCGCCCUUGCCACCAACGAAUGGAACCGUUUCAGAGGCUGUUGCUCCGAGUGGCACCGCAACCGUUCCCGAGGAGGCAAUCUACGCGAACUCAGACAAUUUGGCCGACUAUCUGGAGGACACCGGAAUCCACGCCAUUGCCCUGUACGACUACCAGGCGGCGGAUGACGACGAGAUAUCCUUUGAUCCAGAUGACGUGAUCACCCACAUCGAGAAGAUCGACGAUGGGUGGUGGAGGGGAUUGUGCAAGAACCGCUACGGACUCUUUCCAGCCAACUACGUGCAGGUGGUGGGACAGAACUCAUAAAAGCUUCCAAUUGAAAUUCACGAUAGAACAAAAUCAAAUUGUAUUUACAUACUAACGAAAACGAUAAUACUGAUGUUGGAUUAUAAACCAUAUAAACCAAUUCGCAACUAACCCAGCCCAUUUCCCAUCCAUUGUUUACCCUCUUAACCCUCCAAAUUAUGUGCAACGAAUGGCUAGAUAUUGAAUUAUUAUUGUAAUUUGUUAUGCUAGCACUUAAAGUAACCGUGGUAUUCCAUUUUUGAUAUAUGUAUCAUUUAUUGCAUUUUACAUUCUUUGUAUUUAACACAUUUAUUUUACCAAGAAAAUAUGCCAAGCUAUUUUAGAUAUCUCUCAUUUCAUAUUUUAUGCAUUAGUUAUGAUAUUUGUGUCAAGUAACGAUUUUGGUUUUUUUGAAUUGUAUAAAGUCUACGAGAGUUUCCCGUGUCAGGUGAUCUGAUCUAAUGUUAAAGACGGAUCUAAUGUUGAAGACAGUCACAAACAAAAAGUCUGCUCUUUUGAUAAAGAAAUACAUAAUUAAUAAAGUUAAAUAAUAACGAGUUCUCUCUU